AUGGAGGAAAAAGAGAUUUUUAGUUCUGGGCAGGCUGUUAAGGUUGUCGAACCCCCCCAGAGCUUCCACGUGGCACUAAACUCCGUGCAGUUUUCUGGGCCCACGGUGGAUUCACCGACACCGGUGAGUGCUCCGGUGAUUACUUCCGGUAGCACAGAGGGGAAGAAGAAGAGGGGCAGGCCUAGGAAAUAUGGACCGGACGGCAAUUUGGCUCUGUCGCCGAUGCCGAUAUCCUCGUCGAUUCCAUUGACUGGAGACUUUUCAGCCUGGAAAAGGGGUAGAGGAAAACCAGUUGAAUCAAUCAAGAAGUCUUUUAAGUUUUAUGAAGUUGAAGGUCAAGGCGCAGGACCAGGCGAUCGGAUUGCAUACUCAGUUGGUGCCAAUUUCACACCUCACAUCCUUGUAGUAAAUGCUGGCGAGGAUGUUACUAUGAAGAUUAUGUCCUUCUCUCAACAAGGAUGUCAAGCGAUCUGCAUUCUCUCUGCAAACGGCACAAUUUCAAAUGUUACACUACGCCAACCAACUUCUUCUGGUGGCACUUUAACAUAUGAGGGGCGCUUUGAAAUUCUUUCCUUGACUGGUUCAUAUAUGCCAACUGAGAAUGGGUUAACAAAGAGCAGAUCUGGUGGGAUGAGCAUCUCUUUGGCCGGUCCAGAUGGUCGAGUAAUGGGGGGUGGACUUGCUGGUUUGCUGGUAGCUGCAGGUCCUGUGCAGGUUGUUGUGGCUAGUUUCCUUCCUGGUCAUCAGCUGGAGCAGAAACCGAAGAAGCCAAGGGUGGAACAUGUACCAAUGAUUGCCCCUACUCCUGUCGAAGAAAUAAGAAUUGACCUUGGUGAAGUAAAGCCAAUCUUGACACCAGCUGCUUUUCAAAUGGACAGCAUUUUUGGCAAUGGACAACCUUCUGAUGAUGAAGCUCCUUUCCCUGAAGAAGAGCCUAACACAAGCUAUGCAGAUGCUGGAGUUGCUAGCUAA